AUGCGUGCAAUAAUCGGAAGAUUAUCAGGCAGAGCAUUGAGUUUAAUUGGUUCACGUAUUCAUGAAUUAAAUUCAUGGGAUCAAAUUAAAAACUUAUUAAAUCUUAGCUUUGGUGACCAACGAAAUCUAGAUUGUCUUGUUCAAGAUUUGAUUAUCCUAAAACCUAAUCGUAACGAAACUCCAUAUAAUUUUGGAAUGAGGUGUCAAGACGCACGUUCCUUAGUAUUUUCAAAAUUAAAUAUGUUAAGUCUAAACCCAGCUGAACACACUAUAAAAAUAGCAAAUUAUGAAGAACUAGCAUUAAAAACUUUUAUUAGAGGUUUAAGUGGUCAAUUGCAAAAUAAUAUUCGAUUAAGAGACCCAAAAACUUUAGAAAAAGCUAUGAGUUUGGUUAUUGAAGAAGAAAAUUUUCUUUAUAGCCAAAAUAAACAAAAUUUGGUAAAUAACAAUCAAACUUUUCAACUGAAUCAAAGAUUUACACCUGUAGAUAAUCCUUUCAGUAAACCAAUUAAUUUCCAAAAUAAUAAUUCCAAUCUCUCUUUCCCAAAAUUACAGAAUAAUAAUCCUUUUCAGAAUAAUCCUUUUCUGAAUAAUCCUUUUCAGAAUAAUCCAUUUCUACAGAAUAGUCAAAAACCUUUAUUUUCACCUUAUAAUAAUUUUAAAAAUAAUUAUCAACAAAAUUUAUUUAGACCUAAUAAUCAAUCAUUUAAUAACAGACCAAAUUCUAACCAAUUUCCAAUGAGAUCAAAUGUAUUUCCAAGACCAACUUUUCAACCUUUUAAUAGACAAAUGAAUUAUCCUCAAAGGAGUAAUUUCCAACAGAAUUUUAAUCAAAAUCCAAAACCAUUUUUCAAAUCUAGUCAAGUUAUAAAAAAUCAAAAUUUACAAAAACCAGAACCCAUGGAAGUAUCAUCCGGUAGAAAUGCAGUUAUGCAUCCCAAGCAAAAUUUAUUAUUUUCUCAAAACAUUAACCCAGUGACUCAGAAUGAUUAUCCUAAUGAAACCUUUGAUUGUUCUCAACAUUAUUGCGAAGAAUAUCCAGACUAUGCUGACCAAGAAUAUUAUAAUUAUUAUUUUAACAAUGAAAAUGCAAGUUCUAAUAAUUAUAUCUCGACGACAUAUGACACACAAGAAUAUAAUGAACAAUUGAAUAAUGAACAAUUUAAUAAUGAGUGUUUGUUUCCCAAUAAUAACACAGACACAGAUAAUGUAAAUUUUCCUUUGACUCCACCUAUGAAGGAAAUAACUUAA